GCCAAAAAGUCCCGGCUAAAGUAGUUCUGAGGCUGCAGGAUUCCAAGCCAAACCUUUGCUGCCAUGUGGCCGUUGUCGCCUGAGUCCAAGCCGGAUGAGUUGCCUCUGGACAUCAAUAUCCGUGAUCCUCGAUGGGACCAGUCCACUUUUGUAGGCAGAGCUAAGCACUUCUUCACUGUUACCAACCCCUUGAAUCUUCUACUAUCUGAUGCUCGACUGAAAACUGUCCAGACCAUUGUGGAGAACUACAGGGCAGGGAUCGUGACCCCAGGGCUGACUGAAGAUGAACUAUGGAAGGCCAAGUAUGAUUACGACUCAGCCUUCCACCCUGACACUGGGGAGAAAGUCGUUCUCAUUGGCCGGAUGUCCGCCCAAGUGCCUAUGAACAUGAUUAUCAGUGGCUGCAUGCUCACCUUCCACAAGAACAUCGCAGCUGUGGUCUUCUGGCAGUGGGUGAACCAGUCCUUCAAUGCUGUUGUCAACUACUCCAAUAGAAGUGGGGAUACGAUGGUUACUGAGAAGCAGCUGGCAACUGCUUACUUGAGCGCUACCACUGGGGCUGUGGUCACUGCUGUGGGACUCAAAUCCCUCACCAAACAUCUCCCCAGCCUGGUCAGCCGCUUCAUCCCAUUCACAGCCGUGGCUGCUGCCAACUGCAUCAACAUCCCGCUGAUGAGGCAGAGGGAGAUGGUGGUGGGGAUUCCUGUGACUGAUGAAGCGGGCUACAAAUUAGGCUAUUCCUCAAAGGCGGCUCAGCUGGGCAUCUUCCAGGUGGUGGCGUCCCGGAUCGGCAUGCUCAUACCCCCUCUGACCAUAAUCCCUCUACUUAUGAAUGUUUUGGAGAAAAAAGACUUCCUGAAGCGCCGGCCCUGGCUCUUGGGCCCCCUGCAGGUGGGGCUGGUUGGCUUUUGUCUGUUGUUCUCCACUCCCCUGUGCUGUGCGCUUUUCCCCCAGAAGAGUUCCAUUUCAGUGAACCGCCUGGAGCCGGAGCUCAGAGAUAAGAUCAAGAAGCAGAGCCCAGACAUGGAGGUGGUUUACUUCAAUAAGGGACUCUGAAGGGAGUUCAGUCCACCCCAGUAUUCUCCUGUCCCACUCCACCCUGCCAUUGGUGCUGUAGCAUUUCAGCUGGAGUACCUCUUCUGACCCUCCUGUUGUUCCCUCAUGGCCUCUGCUCUCCACUCCCUCUGACAUCCCCCAGGGCCCAACUCUGGGCUUACUCCCUGCUCCCACCAACUCCUAACGUUCCAGGCCAACACACUGUCCUUCAAGGUGGGGGUGGAACGGUAACUGAGGGACCCCUCCCUCAGUAGUCAGCGCGAACCUUUAGGAUCUUGUCCCAUACUGGAUGGUGUGUGUGGAUGUGGGGGUGGGGUGUAGGUAUGGGAGUAGUGGCCUUAUGGGCCAGAAGCCAUUGACUCAGGUCCAGUAUCCCUGGGGUUUCUCUAAACUCAAGACUGGGAGGAAAGCAGAGGGAGAGGUCCCAUGGGACCAUCCCACCUCCUCCUUCCCCAUUAAAACAAAGUGUGUACAAGUGUUUGUGUUUCUCUGAUUGGCUGGAGAGAGUUUUUCUUCAGAAUGAGCAGAGCAGGAAGUCCAAGAAGCUGUGGAAGCUCAGAAGCACUUGGUGAUCCCAAGGCCUGGGAUCUUCAGCCUAAAAACUCACCCAAUCCUUUGCAGGGUCCAGGAGGGAGGGGUUCCUACUGGCUCCCACCCAUUACCUGUCCUGGGGAAAAUAGAGGUCAGGGGGUCAGCUGUGAAUGGGUAUCCAGAGUUGUUUGUGUGUCUCAUUGUGAUUAUAACACCAGUUUGUGGUAAGGACAUGGCUGGAUAGUAAUGUCUUUGGGGGUCCAAUUGUAUACAUCUGACACGUCUGAUUCUCUUGGCAUCAGAGCCAACAUAAGCUCCGGGUCCUGGGAAUUCGACUCAUGAACAGGCAUUUUCUGUUUUUUCAAUUUUGGAUUUCAAAUUAAUUAAAAAGCCUCUUCCAACCUGUAAUUUAAUACCUUCUCCAACCUCAGCCUAGACUUGGCCUCAGUGGUGGGAAAUGAAUGGUAGAGGCUGUGUGUGUGCACGUGCUUGAACUUUCCAUUAUUAAUAUCGUAUAACACAAGACACUUAAUUCUCACAGUUGGGCUGGGUAUGGUAGGAGAGAGGAAGCUCAGAUUCCCCUUCUCACCCAGCAUUCUGUUCUUCUGCCUCCUUUUCUCUUUCUCCUAACUGCUACCAGCAAUGAUUCCCAUGUUGCCAGUGUUUGUACCCAAAUAAACUUGAUAUGUUUCAGUC